AUGAUGCUCGGGUUAGGCAGAGCGUUUUUAAUUAUGGAAUGUGAAAGAAACAAUUACAAAAUACGUUUCCCAUUUUUAGUUAAGCGAUGUGGCAAGAAUGAUAAUUUUCAAUGGGGAAUGAUGGUGAUGUGGAUAGAAAUGAAAAUAUUAUUCAACCAAUUAUUGCUUCAAAAACAAUUAAAGUUUUGA